GAGGUUGUGCCAGUGUCAGUGGCGUUCCUCUUUCUUGACUAACCAAACAACACACAAUGAGAUGAGGCGAACAACAUUCACAACCACCAGUACUCCGGCGUUUCUUUUCCACCAUGCUGACACAGAACGCGCACAUUUGGUGUUGUUUUGAUGCUUGAUAUUAUUUGGUGACCCGCAAUCCCUCCGCUCUCCUGCGUAUCUGUGAACAAAUGUGCAUUUUUUGCACGCGUUAGAUACAGAUUGUUUGACGCGCGCUGGAUAAGUGAGAGAAGUUAGGAACCGGGGGUGCUUUUUAACUUGUUGCGCGGUGAUGCAAGUGUUCUCUUGCGCAAGAGAAUGAUUCAUGAGCCAGUUAUUAUACAUAUCAUUUGUUCUUCGAGCUGUGUGACUGGUAAAAGUUGCUUUAGGAUGGGCUCAAGGAACGAGAUCCAUUCUCAAUUUGCCGUACAGCCUGCGCAAUUAAGUUAAAUUGGACUACCGGAGCUACCCACACCCACAGACCCAUAUCAAGAGUUGGAUGUGGAUGUUCUUGGGUCCAAAUACAGAGUGAAAUAAUACUGAUUUCCCAACCAACUAAUCCUGAUACUGGAGAUGUCGGAGUCUUACGAGGACGGGGUGUGCGGGGAUGGAGCUCCGGACUUCAUCCCACCGAGAGCGAUUCGAUCAGGCCGGCGGAGUGGACUCAGCGUGCCGCUGGUGGAGCGCGAUGAGGCGGCUCUCCUAGAGUCGGUGAAAGCGGCGCCGAGGAGGAGCAGCAUCAUUAAGGAUCCUUCAGUGGCCAAGGUCAGUGGAGGGAGAAAGAAAACUGUUUCCUUCAGCAGUAUGCCAUCAGAAAAGAAGGUGAGCAGUGCUGCAGAUUGCCUUGCCUUCAUGCAGGGUGGCUGCGAGCUAAAGAAGGUGCGACCCAACUCGCGCAUCUACUCGAGAUUCUACACUCUGGAUCCUGAGCUGGCCUGCCUCCGUUGGGAACCCUCCAAGAAAGAUGGUGACCGAGCUCGACUUGACAUCUCCGCUAUCCGUGAGGUCCGCACAGGGAAAAGCACAGAGACCUUUCUCUACAAUGGCCCAUCUGAUCACCUUGCUGAAGAAGCAGCCUUCUCCAUCAUUCACGGUGACGAGUAUCAGUCUCUGGACCUGGUUGCUCUCUCUGCCGAUGUGGCCAACAUCUGGGUGACAGGGUUGCGGUACCUGUUGUCUCACCCUGGUUCCAUUGGUGGAGGGGAUGGAGGGGUGGGAGAAGGCAGUAUUGGGAACAAGAUGAGGCAGAACUGGUUGGCGGCUGAGUUUGCUCUCGUUGAUGAAGAUGGUCACGGAAUUGCGUCUGAGGACACAGCAGUGGCCACCAUCUGUAAACUCUGCCCUGGCAUUAGGGAAGCAAAGGUGCGAUUGCGCUUUAAGGAGAUUCAGCGGAGCAAAGAGAAGCUAACCUCUCAUGUUACACUGGAAGAAUUCCAGGAGGCCUACUGCGAGUUGUGUACGCGACCUGAUGUCUAUUUCUUGCUAGUGCAACUCUCAAAAGACAGAGAGUGCCUUGAUGCCCAAGACCUGCGUCUUUUCCUAGAGACUGAGCAAGGUCUACCAUUGGCCACCACUGAGGGCUGCUUGGAGCUUCUUCGCCGCUUUGAGCCUUCUACAGCUGGGCAUGAACGAGGUCUACUGGGCUUGGACGGCUUUACCUGCUACCUACAGUCAGCUGAGUGCCAGUUAUUAGACCCUGAGCACCAGAAUGUGUGCCAGGACAUGAAGAUGCCCCUAUCUCAUUAUUUCAUCAGUGCCUCCUACCGCUCCUACCUGCUGGAUGACCAAGUCCAUGGCCGAGCUGAUCUUGGGGGUCUCAUUCGAGCCCUGCAGGCUGGCUGUCGUUGUCUGGAGUUUGGGGUUACCGAUGGGCCAGAAGGGGAGCCAUUAUUGGGUGUAGACCAUGGUACAGAUGGAAAGCAUCAUCACCACCACCAUCAUCACCAUCACCAUCAUGGUUCUGUUACUUUGCGCAGUGCCCUGGAAGUAGUCAACAAGUAUGCUUUUCUCACCUCCCAGUAUCCUCUGCUGCUGUAUCUAUGCCAGCGUUGCUCACCUUCCCAGCAACGUACUCUUGCACAACACCUAAAAAAAGUUUUUGGACCCAAGCUCUAUACCCCUGAAUCUCUGCCUGUCAGUCUGGGAGGUCGUGCAACCACUUUGCCCUCUCCAGAGCAGCUGAAGGGAAAGGUGCUUCUUGUGGGAAAGAAGCUGCCCCCCGAAGAGGAAGGUUCUGAAGGAGAGGUAUCUGAGGAGGAUGAGGAGAUUGGUGGUGGUGGUCCUCUGGCUGGCAGAAGGAUGACUAUCCCUGGGGAAGAGGAACUGGGGGUGGUCCUUGUUGUUCCCCCGCCCCCACAGCCAAGGCGCCUCCGAUUGCGGCGUGAAUUGUCUGAUCUCGUCGCGGUUGCUCGUAUUGGAAGUCGCAACUUUUAUGCUCACCGGACGAGUGCACAGCCAUCCCAACAGCAUUCCCCCCUCUCCACUCCAUCUACACCAGGUACACCUAUGACCCUUGACCCCCCUUACUGGACCCUGUGCUCUCUUGGGGAGGGAGAGGCAGGACGGCUGGCCAGUGAGAGCCCAGAGGAGCUGGUGAACUUUACCAAGCGCAAUCUAACUCGUGUGCGGCCCAGCUCUGUAAGGCUAGACUCUAGCAACCCAAACCCACAAGGCUACUGGAAAGGAGGUGUGCAACUGGUAGCACUCAACCAGCAGACACCAGGUGCCAUGCUAGACUUGACCCGUGGCCGUUUUAUGCAGAACGGUGGGUGUGGGUAUGUUCUUCGUCCAGCAGUCAUGCGAGAGGAGGUUUCCUACUUCAGUGCCCAGUCACAAGGCUGUGUGCCUGGUGUACCACCACAAACACUCAGGGUGAAGGUCAUUAGUGCUCAUAGUCUUCCCAAGCCACAAGGCUCUGGUGCCAAAGGUGAGGUAAUUGACCCAUAUGUGGUGCUGGAGCUGCACGGAGUGCCUGCAGACUGCACAGAGCAGAGAACUCGCACUGCUGCCCAGAACCAGGAUGAUCCACUGUUUGACGAGACCUUUGAGUUCCAGGUGAACAUGCCUGAACUAGCCCUGCUGCGUUUCGUAGUUCUGGAUGAUGAUUAUAUAGGUGAUGACUUCAUUGGCCAGUACACCAUUGCUUUUGAGUGUCUACAGCCUGGAUACCGCAAUGUGCCCCUGCUGGGCCUCGCUGGAGACCCUUUGCCCCACGGCAGCCUGUUUGUACACAUCGCCAUCACUAACCGCAGAGGUGGGGGAAAGGCCCAGAGACGGGGUCUGUCCGUCAGGAGAGGAGCACGGCGUGGACGAGAGUACGUCACUCUGCGUAACACGGGAAUCAAAGUGCUGGAUGACACUUUCCGCCCAGCCAGCGGACCUCUGCGAGAAGCUACAGACCUGCGAGAGGAUGCACUGAGCUCCACAGUGGCUUUUAAAGAGCAGUGUGGGCUCCCCCCGAUGGCCACACUGAAGCAGUGCAUCCAGAGCUUAGCCACGAGGCUGCAGAGUCCAGAUGGGCCCCCAAGUGCCACACUCACUCUGAAGGAAGGUUACCCAUGCCUGGAACCGGUGGGAAACUUGACUGAUGCCACUCGUAAACUGCUAAAUGGUUAUGACACGAUCAUCGCUUCCAACAAACAGCUGAUAGAAAAUGCAGAAGGAUUGCAUGAGAGAAUCGCACAAGUGCAGAAGGAAGGAAUGGUGUUUCAUGAAGACCUGGCCAGGUUGGGAGAAAAGGAAAAUCUAAAAGGCCGUAAACAAAGUAAAGCUGUGGAAAGUUUCGCUUGGAACAUCACUGUGCUGAAGACGAAAGGGAGAAAGGCUUCUGUUGUUUUGAAAUUCUAUCUUGCAAACGGUCAGUGUGACCUCCUGCGCAGUGCUAAGCUAGAUGCUUUGGAUACGUUGAGGCAGCUGGCUUUGGCCUGUGAGGUGUCCGGCCUGAUCUUGACCUCUGACGGUCAUUACACCCCUCAUGGCCUGUCCUCCAGACGUGGCAGUAGCCAUGGCAAUGGUCGCAUCUGAGCCCCAGAGACAUGCAUAGGCAUUGAGAGAGCAUUUAUUCAUAGGUGAAUGAAUGGUUGAUUGUUGAACAGACAGAAGGACAGAGAUACAGGUGUCUCAGAUGGACAGAUGCUAUUCGGGACAUUUGUCCUUUAUUGAAGUGGGUGCUUGUUCUAGCUCAGCAUUGACCAGAUGUUAUUUGAGGACAAAAUAAGGAAUUUUCUUAUCAAGACAUACUGAAUGAAGGACGUAAAAGGAAUUAAAGCGAAUUCCUCAGUGAUAUUAAAUGACUGAUGCCAACAGUGUAGAUUUCGCUGGAAUGAAAAACGUUCCUGCAUACUCCUUGCAGUUCACAGACUAGAAAUGUUCUUUCGAUGUAUAGAUCUAAAACUGCAACUAAUGUUAAAUACAGAAGACUCGUUAGUCUUUCCCCUAGUUCAUGACAAAACCACCAAAGCGUGAGGUUUGUUUACUCAGGUUAGCACAUCUCAGAAAUGCUUUUAGAAGGUCUGACAUUAGUCUGCAUCAUCUUCAGGGCUGUAUCUUCAUCUGUGCUAUCACUCAAAUUGAUUGACAGGUGAUUCCCACCAGCAGGACAGCACCAUUUCUGCCCCCAAGCCCUAGCCAGUCCAAAGUGUAGGGUAUAUAACUGGCGCCUCUCCGUUGAAGGCAACCAUAUCCUCAUCUUCCAGUGACACGGAUCGUCUUCAGCUCAUUAACAAUGCAGAAUGAACUCAAGAAGGCUUUGUUAAAAUACUGCUCAGUGCUCCCUAACUGUGUUAACUGAGCCGGUUACUCAAUGGGACGACAAGUACCGAUUACACCACAUAUCCAUGUAACGCGUACGGAGUUCAGCUGGGAUUGGAACAAUGUUACAAAAUAAUGAACUACAGUUUAGGUGAAAAGUGACUUUAUUUCUAACACACAUUCCUUGGCUUGAUUGGAUGAAGGCUUCCAAUGAGUCCACUGGUAUGGUCAUCGUCACUUUUUUUUGUCAUAACAAAGACAAAAAUGCUACUUAACAUGGCAAGAAUUGCUGCCGGUUGUUUGAUUAAAAAAUAACUAACUAUUAUAAACAGCUUUAAGCACUGAGAGGACUAAAGUAGAUAAAAAUCUAAAGUAUAAACAGUUUUACAACUUUCAUUGUGUAACAUUUGACAGUGUUGUGAUAGACAAAGAAAAACAUUGGCAGUAUUUUGUCUACUGCCAUCAAAGACACUUACAAUAGACUAGUUUUUGAAGUUUGCACCUUUUCUUUUCAUGUUAACAGAGUAACAAAUUAGAUAUGUGAGAUUGGAAAACUAUAUAUAUAUAUUAUUUUUCUUAUGGUAGACAAGUAGAAGUGUUGGUACGUUGUGUGCGUAUGUGAACGUACGAGUGCAAGGGUGCUAAUGUAAAUGUGUGUGAGAUGUUUCAGUGGUACAUGUUCUGAAUGUGACCAGUCUGAUGCCUGAUCGAUUUGGGCAGUUAUUUUUAAACGAAACCCUUACUGUUGGUUGAUGUUAGACAUUUUAUUUUAUAAGACCAAGUGAGCAUAUUCACAACAGUGAAUAUGUAGAAAUCGAUAAUGAAUGGGAUGAGAAAAGGCAUAACAUUUCCAGAUGAGCAAACGUCCUGUUUUGUGUCUUUACUCUCCUUUUUAACACUUUUACUCUACUUUGGACUGUUCUUUACUACUUUUUAUGUAUUUACUUUUAUGUAUCUUCCUUUGUCUGUGCCAUUGUUCUUUUCCUAUUCUCUGUUUUUGACUGAAGGGCGAGCAAUUCAUGCCUGUUCUGUGACAGUUUUUGUGCGUGUUCACGUGUGAACUGAAUGUGUACUGAUUCCUAAAGUGUUCCUUAAAAACAAAUUGUUUGCUAAAGAGUGAACAAAAAUGUUUUGUGAAUUAUAUAAGAGAAUUGUAGAUAUUAUAUCUUUAAUUGUCCCCAUUAUAAUGCGUCCGUGCGUUUGUAACACUGGACCUGUAACCCAGAGGAUCUGUGUACCUGUAUAGGGGCCAAAAUCUAAAUAAUGAAUACCCAUUCACAGUAUUAGCUUUCCGUUCCAGUUGAGAUGGCUCUUGAGACCAAUCAGACAUGUGAAGCGAGUUGUCUCACUUUAGACGGGUACAAUUACUCUUAUGAGCAAUCGGAUACAAAUACAAAGUGUCACUGUCCGUAAGGGUCGAUGACGAGCAAAAUGAACCCCAUUGAGGUGCACUUUAAACUAAACAGAGCAAUCCAUUUGGACUGGUCUAUUGAUUCCUGCAGUAUUAGGUAGUGGUCAACAUCUCAGGCGGUGCAAUAUUACUCUGCUGUUUGACGUUAAACAUAAUGACUAGUUUAAUGAGGAGCAUUAAUCCAGCUGUCCUAAUUUGUCGUUUCUGCUUUUUCCCCCCAUGUGUGGUUACUGUGCGUUUGUUGUGUCUGCCUUUCCUCUGACUCUUAAAAAUUAAAUAUAUUGUUUAAAAUAUUUUGUCUCAUUCUUGUUAGCAGUAGUUGUCCUUGUAUAAAUGGAGAGUAUUUAUUAAAGGUGACAAGCGUGCGUUAAACAAAGUAAACUUCAAAGCUAUGUUGCUUUUAUUUUGAAAUGAUGCUUUGUAUUUUAUAACAUUAACAAGUUGAUGUAACACAGAUGUGCCCCAGACUAAAUAAAGCUAUCUUUUACUGACUGCUGUCUCUUCUGUUAACCGUAACUGUUGUGUCUUAUCAAUACUGCUGGAGCUCUUUAGCCAUUUAAUGGCUUGUGUUUGGGUAUGUUUGUUAAUAGGACGCUUAUCCAGUCUACUUAAUAUUAUUUUGU